AUGGGUAAGGAGAAGACUCACAUCAACCUGGUCGUGAUCGGUCACGUCGAUGCCGGUAAGUCCACCACUACUGGCCACUUGAUCUACAAGUGCGGUGGUAUCGACAAGCGAACCAUCGAGAAGUUCGAGGCUGAGGCCAAGGAGAUGGGCAAGGGCUCGUUCAAGUACGCCUGGGUGCUCGACAAGCUGAAGGCCGAGCGUGAGCGUGGUAUCACCAUCGAUAUCGCUCUCUGGAAGUUCGAGACUGCCAACCUCUUUGCCCAGGGCGGUGCGAUCAUCUGGCAGUGUGAGCAGGGCUCCACAGAGGUGAUUGUUUACAGCUUCCUCCCUCAAAGAGGUACUGGACAACUCUUUGGCCCCGUGCUGAUAGUGUGGCAGGCAAUAGUGGCAGCAAUCGUCGGGCAGGCAGCCUAUGGGAUCGCCAGCUGGCAGCAGUUUUGGAGCACCUUUGAGAACUUCUCCAUUAACGACGGGUGUGCCAGCUGGGCCGAGUUUUGGGCCACCUCAAUACCGUUUCAAGAUCCAUUCAGCGAGGACCUGCCCCAACUGGAGGGAGCACCUGAUGCAGUGGUCCAGCUGAACACCGACGGCAAUGACUUUUUUAACCUCGGUCAGGCGGGCAGCACCUUCUACUUGGUGCAUUACGGCACUUCCUGA